AUGCAAGAUAUCUGGCAUCAAUUCUUGGAAUCUGGCAUCCUUGACACCAGCAAUGCAUUCGGUUCUGUGGAAGUAAGCAUCAGCAGUAUCUCCUGCUCUCUUUCUUGCGUUGUAAACAAGAUACUUUGUCACUUCUCCAAGAGAUCUGCCUUCUUUACGGAAGUAUGCAACCACUCCAUUUCCACCCUUUUGGGCUUCCUUGGCGGCCUCUCUAAGGCCAAAGAUCAAAUAACAUCUGCACGAGCAGAUAUCGGAGAGGAAAACAUCAGAACCAGAACAUUCGUCGUGAACUCUAAGUGCCAGACUCUUUUCAGGAUUUGGAAUAUCUUCUGGGUUUCCGAAAAUGUAAACGGUUGUUCCUCCGAUUGGUGGGAGGAACGUUUUAAUAUCAGGACGAGUGACCAGUUCUGGGUACAUUCCGUUAGUGUCUUCAAAUAG